AUGCCCUGGCGGCCGCUGCCUCGCAUUGCCUUUGCGGUGGCCAUAUACCCCUUCCACCCUUCCUCGCCCGCGGACCUACCCCUCGAGCUCGGCGAUGAAUUGUAUAUUAUUGAGCAGGGAGGAUCAGAUGGAGAAUGGUGUCGCGGAUAUCUAGUUGCGCCGCCCUCGCUAUUAGCGGGGUUAACCAGCACCAAGGGUCAAACGCUGGAGGCCCGUGUCUUCUCCGGCAUUUUUCCACGGAACUGUGUUGAGAUUCGCGAAGUACUCGGUGAUGGAGAUGGAGUGAAAGCAUUAAUGAAUGGCAAUGGAAAUGGCGACCGGAAAAGCAUGGAUCGAUUCACACCAUUGGCGUUAGAUUUUGAGGUCCAGUCACGGAAAAGCGUGGCCUAUUCGAUGGGAGAGUCACAGGCUGGCGGGGAGGUGUCAGAUGUCGUGGUUGCGAAAAAGGGCAAACCGGCACAGAUUGUGAUCCAAAAGACUGAUGAACUUGAUUUGACGAGUCCAAGAUCCCUUCAGGCUUAUCCGAAUAGUUCGAUUCCUCAUACGCCGGUUUCUUUUGCGCCGAGAGAUCCUGAUGCGCCGAAGCCUGCUGCGCCCGUGCCCAUGCUUAAGAUUGGUGAUGAGACUCCGACUUCUCUUACGGAACCUUUGGUUGAUGAGAUCGCUUCGUGUUUAAGGGAAUGGCAUUCCACUAAUUUGCAUGAGUUGCUUUUGGCGCGACAGUAUGAUGUGUUGGAGGAGAUGUCUACGAUUGUUCAAGAGUUGGAUUUCGCUAGACGUCAAUUGCUGCAUAAUGUGUUAACUGGCAAGGAGAAAGAGACCCUUCGUGAUGAAACGGUGUGGAAACUUGUUAAAGCGAAUAAGAUGCUCAGUGGGGAUAUUAUCGUUCGCGAUCCUGAUGAGAGGGGUCGACUGUUAACUGGUGAGGAUUCGGCUAUUCGUCUCGCCAAAUUACAAUCUGAAAUGAGCAUGCUGGAUAGUCAACCCACUAGCUCUUCAGAUACUACGGCCUUACAUCACCUGCUGCUGGAGAUUAACGCUGUGUCUGGAAACAUCCCUGGUCCAGUUUCCCUGGCCAUUCAGCUCUUCUCUCGAUCUGACUCUGGCACAUUCAGCCCGCUUUCAGAGACAUUCAGUCUGGAUAUUCCGUCACCAGAAAAAUUCGUCAGCUUGACACAAAGUAAUAAGUUAAAAACACUGUUCACAGAACUGGCCGCUACAGAUAUUGGUGAUGGCUCCGCAAAUGGUCGCCAGCUUUACCUUGCCACCUCUGUUCGGGCUGCUGAGAUGCGCUCAGCUACUGAGAACACCCCUGUAUCACGAUCAUCUAUGUCUAGAGAGAGUCCCGUUUCUCCAAAAGCGGGUAACGUUGGUGGUAUCCAGCCAUCAGUGAAGGGAAGCUUACGCACAAGGCGUAGUAUGAUGUGGAACCAAAAGACUCGCGGCAAUACCAGCAUGGACGGUGCACCAAAGCCUAAUCUUCAAACAGUCCCCCGAUCCUCCAGCAGCACAUCCUCUGCCAAAGAGCCGGCUGCUCCACAACCUGCAUCUACAAAGGAGUCCUCGACCAUCCGAACUAUUGGUGUUGGUAUUCUAGAAGUUUCGCCAAUUCUUCGACAAGAUCGCGAUGCUGAGCAGAUCAUCAAUAUUUGGUCCCCUUCACGUGAAGGUGAAGAGGGGGAAGCAAAUGCUGAUGGAUUUCAGAAACUGCUUAAUGUUCUCUUACCCAGCCAUAAUGGCCGUUAUGUGCGCUCCGAUUACGCUGCCCGUCUACACCUUCAUCUUCACCCCUUUGCUAGCCCUGACCCUGAAACGCUUGUACGCGAAAACCCUACGAUAUUGCAUGAUGUUGUUCAGACAAGACGUAUUGGGUUCUCCAAGGCCCCUACAAAGCCCAGAUCCGAUAUCUAUGUCUCUCUAUCGCAAGCUGUUUUCCCAACAGAUGCCUUACUGUCCCACCCUACGGCCGGUCAGAUUCCCCUGCAAACAAUGACGGGAUUGCAAAACCUGCAACUUACAAUGGAAGUUCGCGAUGCCGCUGGGGCACGCAUAGACAAGAGCAUUUUCCCAUCAUCAGCCAAUGCAUCGAGCACGGCUUGGCGAACUACGGUCGCUGCUAGAGGCUCGCCUUGGAACCAGACCAUUCGUCUCAAGAUACCCACAGAACAGAUACCCGGAUCGCAUAUUAUUAUGAGUGUGGCAGACGCACCCGAGUUCCCAUUCGCUUUGGCAUGGAUGCCUCUUUGGGAUCACCAAGCUUUUAUCCGUGAUGGCAACCACUCGUUAUUGCUUCAUGCCUACGACAAGCAGACCUCAAGCAUGGAGAAUGGAAAGGGGGCUUAUCUGAGCCUUCCUUGGAGUGCGCUUGGUAAGAACGAAUCCGCCAAGGAUGAAGCUCUCACGGGCCCAUUGGCUACUUUGCGUCUGGAGACACAUUUGUGCAGUACCGAAUACUCGCAGGAUCAAGUCAUCUUGAGUCUGUUGAACUGGAAGGAGCGACCAGUCGACGAGGUGCUUGACACUCUUAAGCGACUGCUCUUUGUUCCUGAAAUUGAGAUUGUUAAGCAGCUGCGUGGCGUUUUCGAUGCACUGUUUGGUAUCUUGGUGGAGAAUGCUGGCAAUGAGGAGUAUGAAGAUUUGAUUUUCCACAACCUAGUCACUGUGUUGGGUAUCGUUCACGACCGCCGAUUCAGCCUCGCACCAUUGGUUGACCACUAUGCCGAUGAGCAAUUUGACUUCCCCUUCGCCACGCCGUGCCUUAUUCGAAGCUACCUGCGCCUGUUGAAUGCCCCCACAGAUCCCUCACAGUCUCGUAACUUGCGUGCUGCUUUCAAGGUUGGCCGGCAUUUACUCAAAUUCAUUAUCAAUGCUCGUGAGCAACAAAAGGCCAAGGAAGAGGGCAUCGGAAUCACCACAGUCCAGUCAACUUUCAACAGAGAUUUACACACCAUUUUCAAAUCAAUGGAGAACCUGAUGAAGAAUUCCAAUCCGGCAUUGGUCGGCAGCAAGACUUUGAUUGUCCAGCACUUCCACUCAUGGCUACCAGAGCUUUCCAAGGUCUUUGGACGUGACGAAAUGAUUAUGAUUGCGUUAAGUUUCAUGGAUUCAUGCAAGGACGUAACUGGCAUGCUUGUAUUAUACAAGUUGGUGCUUAUCCAGAGUUAUACCCAGUUUGAGAUUUUCGCAUCUGGCGAGGAGAGACAGACUCUUAUCUCUAGCUGCGUGGGCUGGUUGAAGCCAUACUGGGGUUCUACCGCAAGUGUUUCAGAUCAAUAUCGUGACCAAGUUCGACUGAGCAGUUCCAUCGUUGCCCAGCUACUUACACAACAAGAUGCAAGUCUGUACGAUUUCAUGCCGAGCAUCGUUUCUUCUUACUGUGCUAUUUCUACUGAAGGAAUCGAGGACACGGAAUACCUGUCGCUGCUUUUCAGCAAGGCCUUCCCCUUCCAAGUUAGAGUUUCUAAGACACCCCAGAGAUUCGAUGAGUCUUUGGUAGAGCUUUCGGCUCUUAUGGCGGCUUUGGCCAAAGUUCUGUCGCCCAAGACUCCUAAUCUUAAAGAACUGGAGCUUGCAACCUUUAUCGCUCAGGCUUUGGAGGCCCACAACUCUAUUCUUGAUUGCGAGGCGUACCCGGAAAGCUGGUUCAGUAUUCAUGUUUACAACCAUCGCGCUGCUAUUAAGAGCUUGGAACAUUUGGCUUUAAUCUUGAUUGAGAAAUUCCUUCCUGCGGAUGAGGAUGCUGAUACAUUCGACACUAAGCUGUGGGAAGCAUUUUUCAUCACGCUGUUGAAGGUUAUCUCUAGCGAAGCGCUCGCUCUUGAGACCUUCCCCGAGCAAAAGAGACGUGCUGUUUGGAAGAUUGCCGGCGAUGUUCGCGAGCAGGGAGCUGAUCUGCUGCAUUCUACAUGGGAGGCUAUUGGCUGGGAGACCACUGACGAUGAGAGAGAGAGGUAUAACCUGAAGCGGAUUGGUGGAUACCAAGUCCAAUAUGUGCCGAACUUAGUACCUCCUAUUAUUGGCUUGUGCCUCAGUGUUCAUGAAGGUCUGCGUCAUGUUGCUGUUCACAUUCUCCGAACAAUGAUCUUGAGUGAAUGGGACUUGAACCAGGAGAUCUCGAUAAUUGAGACCGAAAUUAUCUCUAGUCUUGACUCGCUAUUCAAGUCUAAGCACAUGAAUGAAAGUGUCAGCCAAAAGAUUUUCAUUGGCGAACUACUGGAUCUUUUCGAGGGUGAUGCCGAAUCCGACGAGGAAUUGUUCAAUGCCGUUAAGAGUCUUAUUUCUACUGUUGAUGAACUUCUUGAUCUUUUGGUUGCUUCUCAGAGUAGCGUUUCGGUUCAAAGUCUGCAUGCGCUGAAGCUUAUGGAGUACAUGAAGGAUAUGGGCAGAGAGGAUAUCUUUAUCCGUUAUGUGCAUGAAUUGGCUGAUGGACAAGCUGCUGCUGAAAAUUUCACGGAAGCUGGCUUGGCACUUCAGUUCCAUGCUGAUCUUUACGAAUGGGAUGCUAUCAAGCCUUUACCUGAAAUCAUUACACCGACCUUCCCUAUUCAAACAGCAUUUGAGCGGAAGGAGGCAUUGUACUUCUCUAUUAUCCAACACUUUGAGAAUGCGAUGGCCUGGGCACCUGCUUUGGCUUGCUAUAAGGAGCUCGCUGCUCACUAUGAAUCUACGACAAUGGACUUUGCGAAGCUUUCACGAACUCAGAACUCUAUGGCUCGAAUUUACGAUUACGUUGCUAAGGGUACCAAGCAGUUUCCUCGAUACUUCCGCGUUGUUUACAAGGGUCUUGGCUUCCCUCCUGGCUUCCGUGAUAAGGAGUUUAUCUUCGAAGGUUCAGCGACAGAACGUAUGGCUUCGUUUGUGGAUAGAAUGCAGCGUGACCAUCCAACUGCGCAGAUUAUGUCUUCUUCUAGCGAGAUCCCUGAUUAUGAAGGCCAAUUUCUUCAAAUCAGCAGCGUUACUGCUCAUCGCGAUGUUUCUCAUCCCGUGUAUCAGCGAUCGAAGGUUCCUCUUUCUGUUCGCGACCACCUGUUGAUCUCCAAUCCGACUCGAUUCUCCGCCACGUCAAGGAGGCAUACGACGAGCUCGGAUGUGCGUGAGCAAUCUGUUGAGAAAUUGAUCUUUACCACUGCCGAUCCCUUCCCGAACAUUCUUCGCCGAAGUGAAAUCAUCUCGGUUCAGGAGAUUGCCUUGACUUCCUUGCAGACUGCUAUUGAGAGGACAUGCCGCAAGACCCAGGAGCUGCACAUGCUCGAACGACGUGCCGCUUCUGGUGAAGAUAACACAUUGUCAAAUCUCACUGAAGCGUUGGAGCAAUUAUUAGAUUCGCGAUCUUCAUCUUCGAACUGCGUUGCUUCGUACCGGAGCUUUUUGAGCGGUGCACAAGGCGCCAAGGACAAGCUUGAUGAGACAGAUGAAGAGGGUCUCGAAGACCAGGACGAAGAUGAAGAAGAAGACUUGCCCGAGACUAUGGACCCAAUGGAGAAUGCACUUGCCGUUGCUCUGAUUGACCAUGCCCUGGGAAUCAAGCAUGCACUGGCACUAUACCAACGACCUGCCCAGCAAGCAACACAAGCAGAGCUUCUUCGCCGAUUUGAGAAUGUUUUCGAACCCGAGUUAGCUUCCCUAGCCUCAUCACCACCUGAGCAUCAGUCUCCCUCUCCCUCUCAAACAGCCCGCCAAUCCCCUAACUCAGAAAUUCGCCGAACCCCCGCUCAGCGAUCCGUUAGUCCUGAACAAGAGCUUAUGCGCCAAUCCCGUACAAAUGGUCAUACUCGCAAGCGAUCUGAGCGUCAGUCAGUCAGCCACCGUAUCAGCAUCAUGAAUCCCUUCAAGCGCCACGGAGGCUCAAAUUCCAUCUUCACAAUCCAACAAUCAGAUAUCAAGGCCCAGAAUACCAAUACAGCCGAACAAGAAGACAGAGACGACGACGACGACGCAGCAACUAUCCACAGUCGCGCUACAAGCCACUCACGUGGUGGCAAGAGUGAUAAGCGCAGAAGUUGGUUUGGAGGAGACAAGAAGCACGGCUCUUCGCCUUCAAUUGCAGGCGUAGGAAUAGGCAUAGGCAUGUCUGAUGAACCUACUUUGAAAAAGAAGCCUUCCCGAAGUGCAUCCCGUGAUACAGCUGCUCAAUCCACUGAUGGACGCAGCCGCGCAGGCUCUCAGCAUCGUGCUGCCAAUACCGCUACCGCUACCUCAACUACUACUACUUCUGAUCGACCUGCCGCUACCGCGAGUGGUGGCUGGUCCACAUUACCAUCUACCCGUGAUUACUCCCGUCCUCCAACGAGGGAUAGUGCACAUGCUCCUCGUGAAUUAUCUAUAAAUCCCAAUAAGGCCAAUGGAAAUACAACCCGCGUCUCGUCGAUGCCGAUUAGUCCUACGAAUCCUAAUGCAGGUGUUCGCGACUCUGUCUUUCGACGAUUUAGCCUUCUCAAGGGCGUUGGUCGGAAGAGCAGUCGGAUGGAUUUUAAGGCGAAUGGUAAUGGCACAUUACAAGAGGAAUAA